AUGAGUCAAGCCUUCGUAAUCAACAACAUACCUUCGUCCGUUAGCGACGUUACACUAUUGCGUUUUAUUAGGGAGAACAGCGCCCUUUGCAAUGUCGAGCACAUUCAACCAUUCCCAGACGCAUACCAUCACAUCAAUGAUAAGGCGGGCACAAAGAGUGUGCAGGUCUUCUUCAACAACGAUGAGGAAGGAAAGCUGUUGACGAAGCUUUUUGAAGACCAAGGUACUACAGAGAGACUAGUUCAUUUGGAGGACAGUGUCGGUAAUGACGUGCUUGUUAACAGAGUUCCUGUUAGGAGAAUAAGUGUUACUGGGUGCUAA